AUAACUGGCUAUAAAAGGAUAAUACGAUUUAGCUGUUGAAUCUCAAAGUGUCGACAAAACGGUUGACAACUAACUAACAAACUCUCUCUCGUUUCUGUCAUUUUUCAUUUUUGCAAAUAUGUCGCGCAAUGUUAUGCCGUUUUUUAACCGCUGGGAUUGGGACACAUCCCGAGCCUUUGAAUCACAUUUUGGCCAAAAUCUUAUGGACGAUGACUUCUUUGCGCCGAUGGCUUUGACACCCAAUUAUUAUGUGAGACGAAGGCCUUUCGGUCGUCAACUAAGUAGUGGACUCAGAAGUCCAAUGCAAUUGCAAUCACAAGAAGUGGUGCCUAUUGUGGACAAGUUUCAAGUGAUGGUCGAUGUAUCACACUUUGCACCCGAAGAGAUAACUGUCAAGACUAUGGAAAACACUGUUGUGGUGACCGCCAGACAUGAAGAUCGCGCCGAUGACUUUGGAUACAUAUCGCGACAAUUCUCGCGAAAAUAUACGUUACCUCCAGAUGUCGAUCCUUUGGCUGUCACGUCGUCUCUCAGUAGCGAAGGUAUCCUUACUGUUCAGGCGCCCAGAAAACUACCAGAACUUAAAGAGGGUGAAAGAGCUGUUCCCAUAACGAUGGUUGAGACACCCAAACCUAAAGAGAUAACUGUCCUAAAUGAGACACCACCACAACAACAACAAACCCCAUCUCAACCACAACAACAAUAAAUUAUCGGCAAAUAAAGUGGAGGUCACAAAAUAAAACUCAAAUUGCUUUUUGAAUUUUCAUUUAAUUAUCGAUUAUUUAAUUGUUAAAAACAGUUAUCAAUUGGUAUAUAAUUAAAAUAUUAUUAAAUUUUUUUUAAAUAAAAAAUAAUGGCUGAGAUGUUAUUACAAAAUUA